AGAGAAAAAUAAAACAAGCAUAUCCAAAUCUUCCCCAAAAGCUAUUCUCUUCCCAAAACCCACGACAACGCCGAAAGAAACACAUCAACAAAAAAACAUCCAAACAGUUAAAAAACCGAAGAAAAAACUAUUAUGGCUUCUCCGAAGCACGCAACGGCGAUAACGGUGCAGCCGUCGUCGCCGAGGUUCCCGACGAGCGGGACGCCAACGGCCGGGGCCCAGCGGAAGAUCGGGAUAGCCGUGGAUCUGAGUGACGAGAGCGCCUUCGCGGUGAAAUGGGCGGUACAGAACUAUCUGCGGCCCGGGGACGCCGUGAUCCUGGUUCACGUGCGGCCUACGAGCGUCCUUUACGGCGCGGACUGGGGCGCCAUCGACGUGGCGGUGGCAGAGGACGAGCAGUCCCAGCAGAAGCUGGAGAACGAGUUCGACGCUUUCACGUCCACCAAGGCCAACGACCUGGCGCAGCCCCUUGUGGAGGCUCAAAUUCCCUUCAAGAUCCACAUCGUCAAGGACCACGACAUGAAGGAGCGCCUCUGCCUCGAGGUGGAGCGCCUAGGUUUGAGCACUGUCAUCAUGGGCAGCCGCGGCUUCGGCGCCUCCCGCCGCGCCUCCAAGGCCCGGCUCGGCAGCGUAAGCGACUACUGCGUGCACCACUGCGUCUGCCCCGUCGUCAUUGUUCGCUUCCCCGACGAGAAGGAUGUAGAAAAGGCUGUUCUGGAGGAGGAUCCGGAGUACCAUGACGCAUUGGAUUAGCAAACUGAUGUGGAUAAGGCCUCAUGAGUAUAGAUGGUGGGAAUGCUAAAUGUUUGUCCGAAGAUGUUUGACAGUUUGGAAUACUCCUGGUUGGUGUGUGGUCAUGUCUUGUGGAAAAGUUUGGUACUACUCUCUGUUUCUGGCAUUCUACACCGUUUUCACCACAUUAUAUAUCUAUCGUGUUUGGAAGGAUGCAUGACGGAUGAAGUCUUUCUUGUGCUUUUAGGUCUUUGAAUAUGAUAGGCUUUUCUUGUUAAUAUAAAAUCUUCUGUCUGGAGGCAUUUUACUGGUUGCA